AUGGCUAGCAGAAUUUUGUUGCUGUUGACAAUCUUAUGUAUACUGCGGAACGUUGCCGGACGGCCAAACUUAGGUAUGAACGGCAAUGUGGCCGGAAGUUCCAUAGCGAUCGGGACAUCCGGCAGUGCAUCCUUCAUCAUAGAUGCGCUCGGUAGUUACAAGAUUCAGCUAGGUUCAGAGUAUCAGCCACUCUACACCAUGCAGAACGCAUUUUACUCCGUUGCUGAGAAGUUCACCACGGCUGGCAUUGCUGUAACAGACAACAUCCUACUCCUGGCGGACGAUAACUCGGGAUUCGUGACGCCACCAUUCCAGGCUGCCAUUACGGCACUGUCAAACUUACAAUCGGUGAUCAGUACCGAAUUCAUACAGGAGUUCCAAACGCUACAAUAUCGCGACAAGACGUUCAUCACCGACAGGCUGCUCGAUAGCUUGAUCUACAUUACAGAAACGCUAACACAGCUGGACGAAGCUCUACGACCACUUCAAACAGCAGCAGAACAUGCUCAAGCUGCAGCAGGUGGUAAUGGGAUACCUGUGAUGCAAGAACCCUCUAGAAAGAUUGUCACUCCUCGCCUGGUUAACUCACUGCUCAAUGCGAUCGUGCCGAUACCCGCUACCAUCUCACCGUUGAUCUACUCCAUUCACGAACCUCUCGCUCAGCUGGACAGAGGCGAUUCGUACAUUUCCACAGCCAAAGGUGACCUUGAGGCUGCUCUGCUACAGGCUCACCAAGAAGUGGUCAACUUUAACGGCAACGUACGCACGCUCAAGCAGGACACCAAUACCGUGAUAGCAUCCCUCAGCACAUCGUACGGCGAGCAAGCGACACAGAUCGUCGAUAUACUCCCGAAAUUGAAAGCCUCCACCAACUACCCUUACGAGCUGUCCUAUGCACUGCAAACCUUCGACGAAACUGCAUCGAUUCCUUCGAUCGAAGAGAAAACAUCCGUAGUGGAUGUAACGAUCGAAGAAUAUAUAGAUGUGGCGAAAACGUUCGACGACGAUUUGGUGACGGUGUACGGUGAUCGGAUCUGUCCCGUACUGCGAGGCGUCGUACAGGUACUCAUUGCGAGUGGACCGUACGCUGACUACUGUUACCAAAAAUACGCCCAAAGGGUGGUAGACUUGGCCGUACACAAUUUCUACGACAUUGGCGAAUGUUACGAGCUGGAGCUGAACCGCCUGUACUCAGUGAGUAGACUCAUCACGAACAUCGUCAAUCUGGCGAUGUUCAACUUUGCCGAGCUGUUCGAGAAUCUUAACACAUGCGCCACCAUUUUGCCGUGUCCGAGUGUUUGCGAUCCUUGCAUUAAUACGCUCGGCAAGCUACUCGACACACAGUCCCGUUUGAUGGAGGAAAAAUUCGACCUUAUACUGCAGAUAGUGCCGUACGAGACCAAAGCUAGCUUGCAGCGGCUUAAAUCGUGUGCGGCGUUCACCAAGUACAAGUUGAUUGCUGAUGCGUACGAUCUGUUGCGGAAUGUUUACAAAUGCGAGUACACCGGCUACAGGCAGGUGUAG